AUGGCCGGAGAACUAGCGGACAAGAAGGACCGGGACGCGUCCCCUGCCAAGGAGGAGAGGAAGCGCUCCCGCUCCCCGGACAGAGACCGGGAUCGGGACCGGGACCGCGACCGGGACCGCAAGCCCCUCCCAGCCCAGGACAGAAAGCGGCACCGGUCCCGGGAUAGGAGACGAGGCAGGGAUCGCCGACACAAAGAGCGUGACCGGGACCGGGGCAAGAAGGAUCGGGACCGGGAGAAGGAUGGGCACCGGCGGGACAAAGACAGGAAGAGGUCGAGCGUGUCACCGAGCAGGGGCAAGGACUCUAAGUCCCGGAAGGAGCGGGACUCACGGAAAGCGGAGGAAGAGGAGGAGAAUGCCCUGAAGAAGGAGAAGGCCCAGCCCCUGUCCUUGGAGGAACUGCUGGCUAAGAAGAAGGCUGAAGAGGAGGCAGAAGCCAAGCCCAAGUUCCUGUCCAAGGCAGAGCGGGAGGCCGAGGCCUUGCGGCGGCGGCAGCAGGAGGUGGAGGAGCGGCAGCGGCUGCUGGAGGAGGAGAGGAAGAAGAGGAAGCAGUUCCAGGAGAUGGGGAGGAAGAUGCUGGAAGACCCCCAGGAGCGUGAGCGCAGGGAGCGCCGUGAGCGCAUGGAGCGGGAGACCAAUGGCACGGAGGACGAGGAGGGCAGGCAGAAGAUCCGGGAGGAGAAGGACAAGAGCAAAGAGCUCCACGCCAUCAAGGAACGUUACCUGGGAGGAGUGAAGAAGCGGAGACGCACGCGGCACCUGAAUGACCGCAAGUUCGUCUUCGAGUGGGAUGCGUCGGAAGACACCUCCAUUGACUACAACCCCCUGUGAAAGGAGCAGGAGGAGUGAGCGCGCCUGGGGGGAGCUGGGAGGGCACCGAGGGGUUUUUGGGGUGCUGGUUGCCUCUGCUUGGCCGGGGUGUGGAGCUGGGGGGUGGCUCUGGGCUGCAGAAUGUUUUUCGGAUGGGUGGCAGGACAAUUCCAGUCUCUCCAGAGGCACGGGGUGAGCCCUGUCCCCUUCCUCACCCCCCCAUCCAGGGCCCGGCUGCGGAAGCUGCGGAAGAAGGAGGCCAAGCAGCGCUGGGAUGACCGGCACUGGUCCCAGAAGAAGCUGGACGAGAUGACAGACAGGGACUGGCGCAUCUUCCGUGAGGACUACAGAAGGGGGGGUAAUCACCCCAACCCCAUUCGCUCCUGGAAGGCCUCCCCCCUGCCCCCCCACAUCCUGGAAGUCAUCGACAAGUGCGGCUACAAGGAGCCCACCCCGAUCCAGCGCCAGGCGAUCCCCAUCGGCCUGCAGAACCGCGACAUCAUCGGCGUGGCUGAGACCGGCAGCGGCAAAACCGCAGCUUUCCUCAUCCCGCUGCUGGUGUGGAUCACCACCCUGCCCAACUGCCACAGUAUUGAGGAGUCGGACCAGGGUCCCUAUGCCAUCAUCCUGGCCCCCACCCGAGAGCUGGCCCAGCAGAUCGAGGAGGAAACCAUCAAGUUUGGGAAGCCUCUGGGUAUCCGCACGGUGGCUGUGAUCGGAGGCAUCUCCCGUGAGGACCAAGGCUUCCGCCUUCGCAUGGGCUGCGAGAUCGUCAUCGCCACGCCAGGGCGUCUCAUCGACGUGCUGGAGAACCGGUACCUGGUGCUGAGCCGCUGCACCUACGUGGUGCUGGAUGAGGCGGAUCGCAUGAUCGACAUGGGCUUCGAGCCCGACGUACAGAAGAUCCUGGAGCACAUGCCUGUCACCAACCAAAAACCCGACACCGACGAGGCCGAGGACCCUGAGAAGAUGUUGGCCAACUUUGAGUCAGGGAAGCACAAGUACAGACAGCGGGUGGAGCAGAAGGUCUUCCUCAUGUCGGAAUCGGAGAAGAGGAAGAAACUGUUAGCCAUCCUGGAGCAGGGCUUCGACCCGCCCAUCAUCAUCUUCGUCAACCAGAAGAAGGGCUGCGAC